AUGUCUCUGAAAAAUAAAACAAUCAAAGAACUUAAAAAACCAUUGCAACAAACACUUGAAACAAUUUUAACAAAACUACAUUUCAAACAAAUACAACAAAAACUUACCUAUAAUAUAAUUAAAUGGUUUCUUUCUUCACCUUGUAUAAAUACACUUAAGCAUGAAAUUUCAGAUACAACAAUUUAUACAACAAAAACUAUCAACUACAUGAUUAGCACCCAAGCAGAUAUGGUAUUACUUAUCUUUGACUUGUGGACAUCUCGAGCACAUGAUUCUUACUUGGGUACAAUUGAACCUGUAUUGGAAGAAUUUGGCAUUAGUGGAAGUAAACUAGUAAGUAUUAUGACAGAUAAUGAUUCAAAUAUUAAGGCAGCUGUUAUACAACUUUUAACUAAAAUUUCAUCAUCCAAGCCUGUU